AACUUUAUACUCUAGCAUUGGCCCUUGGUUAGGGCGGAUUGUGUUAUUCGCGCCUUAAAAUCUUUCAGGAUAUUCAAUUAAGUUAUUACUGAGUUUUCAUUAGAUCUUUAGUAGGUUCCAUAUUCAAGAUGAUGCGAUACAUUUCAAGUAUCGCUAUCUCUCUAGUCAUCAUCGCUUUAAUCGAAAUAAUUGGAAUAAGAGCACAACCAACUCUGAACUUGCCGACAGGAACGUGCACAAGGCCAUCAUAUGGGCGUCGUUUUGUAGUUCCAGUCCUCUCAGAACCAAAUCUUAUUCAGAAUCUACAGAUCAACAUACAAGUUACAGCUGUCAAAAGUAAUACGAACUUUAAUGUUCGCUUGAAUCUUAGUGGCUCAACUUUGGCGACGCAAUCCAUAACCGCCAGCAAGAGGUAUAUCGACUUUUCAACUGGUCCAGCGGGAAACAGAGCAUUUGAAAUCGAUUCAGAUGAUGAUGUUGCAGUUUUAGUUAGAUACAGUUAUAACAUCCCGAAUGUGAAUGAAAAAGCUUAUCAUGUCGUUUAUCCUAUUGAAUAUAUUGCCUUCAACUACUUUAUAUUGUCUAGACCAAAUAGAGGUAAUGCCAUUUCUGUUGCUGCAACUGAAGAUAAUACCAAGUUGACAGUGACCUUUUCUAGGCCGUUCAACUACAAUGGCAGACAAUACCAGACUGGAGAACAGCUGCAGGUCACGCUAAAUAAGUAUGAAGCUCUAUCUUUAUACGAUGAAGUUUCAAGUUUUUCUGGAACAAAAAUUUCGGGUGAUAAACUAGUUGCUGUUAUAAGCGGUUACCUGACUAAUGGCCAACGACGCAUCGCUGCUGUGGAUAUGAUAUAUCCUCUGCAUUCUUACGGUAAAGGAUAUGUCAUUCCGCUAAUGGCUGGAGGAACCGAAAUUAUAGCUACAUCGAAUGCUCCUGGAAUAAUAUCUGUUUAUAGCGCUCAGAAUGUUGUUAAUAGGCAAUUGACUUUACCGGGUAAUGGUGGAGUUGUUACGGCAAAUUUCGACCAGCAAUUCUAUUUAUAUUCUACGGCGCCGAUGGAGGUUGUGGUUUUUUCAGCCACAUCAGAAUCUUCGCUUUUAUUACCCCCAAUUGAGCAAUAUUAUAGAUCAACAUCUUUGGAGUCUGUUGCACCACCACUGGAGCCUACAGUUUCUGUUGUUGUUAUAACUUCUAAUGUUGGAAAUUUGAGAUUGAAUGGAAAUCUUUUCAAUCCUAUAACUCAGUUCGAGAUCAUCGGAUAUUUUAUUGUUGAUAAAUCCUUGACAAAUGCUCAAAGCAUAUCAAUAUCCUCUGUGUCAAAUGAAAGAUAUUAUGCAUUCUAUACGAUAGGGAACAACUGGAUGGCUUCAACUCAGAUAUGCUUGGAUGAUAUUCGGAAUGUUGUCAACCCAGCUCCAGCUCCUGUUCCAUCUCCUAUACCAGUUCCCGCUCCUGCGCCCAUUCCAGUACCUGUUCCGGCACCUGUUCCUGUUCCUGUUCCAAUACCAGUACCUGCACCUAUUCCAGUGCCAGCCCCAGUACCAUCUCCUAUACCAAUCCCUGUACCAAUACCUGUUCCGGCACCAAUACCUGUACCGGCACCAAUACCUGUUCCGGCACCAAUACCUGUACCCGCGCCAAUACCUGUACCGGCACCAAUACCAGUUCCAGCACCUAUACCUGUUCCGGCACCAAUUCCUGUUCCGGCACCAAUACCUGUACCGGCACCAAUACCUGUACCGGCACCAAUACCAGUUCCAGCGCCUAUACCUGUUCCUGCACCAAUUCCUGUUCCAGCACCAAUACCUGUACCGGCACCUAUACCUGUUCCAGCGCCUAUACCUGUUCCGGCACCAAUUCCUGUCCCAGCACCUAUACCCGCUCCAGCGCCUAUUCCAGUUCCUGCUCCGGCUCCUACACCUACUCCAGCUCCUCAGAAUCCUAAUGAAUGUAUGAGAAGUAACAAUGGCAAGAAAUUCUUAAUUGCUCAUUUAGAUAAUUCUGCUGGACAAAUUUACAUAUCGAUUACGAGACUAACAGAUGCAGCGACUACGGUUACCGUUGAUUCUCCAUUUGGCAAUUUAAACAAUCGAAUUAGCAUCACCGAAAGAUCAAGAAGAGUUUUAGUUUCGACAAAUUACUUGAUCAGAGAUAGUAUCAUAACUAACAAGGUUAUACGUGUAACAUCGGACUUUGACAUUUCCGUCAUGGUUUUCGUUACUGAUAGUUCAACAAAUGCCGGCUAUACUAUGGCAUUGCCUGUUGAAAAUAUUCCAUCAAGCCCAACCUAUUAUAUAACCAACUAUGCAUCUUCUGACAAAUCUGCUCAGUUUGCUAUUUUGACUGACGUUCAAGCCAAAGUUACAGUUGAAAUACCAUCAGGGAAAAGAGUACUUUUCAAUGGAGCUAUUCAAACUUCCACUUUUACAUUUGAUCUUGCUCCACUAAGAGGGGUGCUCAUAUUCAAUGCUCUCUCUGAUGGGACCGAUAUAUCGGGAAUAAAAAUUUCGGCUAAUGCUCCCAUAGUUGUCUAUAGUGGAAAUAACAAUCCAACAGUGGGACCAGCAGUGUCAACAGAUCAUCUAAUUAGCGCCUUACCUCCCUUGGAAACUUGGGGAACAAAGUUUGCAGUCAUGGCACCUUUGAAUAGAAGAGCGGGUUAUAUUCUAAAAGCUGUAGCAAGUAUGGACAAUACUUUCGUACAAGUUGCUACCAAACCUGUAUUAAAUUUGGCAAAAGCGGGUGAUAGUAAAUUUGUUGAAUUGGAUACGAAUGAGCAUGUUCAAGUAUUAUCAAAUAAGCCCAUUUUACUAUCACAAACAUUAUUAGGAUAUCAAAAUCCUCCUGAUACAUCCGGUGCUGCUAUGACAAUUGUUCCGCCAAUGAAGCAAUGGAGAAUGCGCUACAGGUUUAAUACAUUCCAAGGGCAAAUUUCAACAUACUAUACAAUUAUAAUAGACGGAAACAACAGACAAAAUAUUAUUGUUAAUGGAAAUAGGGUGCAAACCGACUGGACCAGAAUUAAUGGCAAUGAGAAUCUAUAUGGUGCCCGUUUAACAUCCACUUUAAAAGAUUUUGACAUAUAUGCUAGUGUACCUAAUGUCAAACUUAGUGUUUUUCUGCAUGGUUCAGUUGUAAAUGAUGGAUCUCUUACCUCUGCAGGAACCUGUUUAACAUUAGCACCAACAGUUCAAACUACUGUUGCACCUUUAACCAGUGCACCACCUAUAUCAGCAAAUAUUCCAACGUUUAGAAAAUGUAGCACAAGCACGGAAGGUCGCAUCUUUUAUGUUUACUUUUUACAAAAUUCUCUCCUAACCACUCAGCCACAAUUGAGAUUGUCAGUUGGCAGUACCGUUAAUUCCUUCGUUGAUUUAAGAGUAACAACACCGGGUAAUCCAAGCAUUCUAACCAAUUCGUAUAGGGCAAACAGGGGUGAAAUGCUUACAAUUGAUCUGCCAUCAACGAUAAUGUCAACUGGAACUGGAAUUAGACAAAAUGUUCUUAGAAUUCAGGCAACAUCUCAAUCAGAUAUAACUAUUGUUGCGUUUUCAAAGACUGGAGAAUCAUGUGGCGCUUUUAUGAUUUAUCCUGAAAGAGCAUUAUCCAACAGCUAUUAUAUAGCUGCCUGGUGGACACCAACCCAGAGCACGCAAUUCUCCGUUACUGCAGUUCAAAGUGGAACUACAGAUGUUUCCAUAAAAUUCCCUCAAUAUAGAGGUAUUCAGGUGAAUUAUAAUGGAAGAAUUUACACAGCACGAGAAGUUUUCCAAGUAACCUUAAGCCAAUAUCAAACAAUCCAAGUUCAAGCCAUGUCGAAGGGUGACCUUUCUGGUACAAGAAUAACCGCCACAAGUAAAGUUGCAGUAUUCUCUGGAAACGUCGAUACUAGUGUUGGUUAUACGGGUAUUACUGAUCAUAUUGUUGCUCAAAUCCCUCCAUCUUCAGUCCUGGGUAAGAAUUACGUUCUUCCUACAACGCCUAAACCAGGUUCUAAGACUGUUAUAAAAAUUGUUGGUCAUGAGGACAAUACAUAUGUUCGCUUUGGAGAAUAUGGUGUUUAUCUUAGUCAACAAGAACAUCAUCAACAAGUCUUACAAUCUAAUGAUUUCAUCAGAGUCCAUUCAAAUAAACCAGUUAUGGUCUCUGUAAUGGCAGUUGGUACUGAAAUACCUUCUAAUGAGGCUGGAAUGCAAAUUAUUCCUUCGAUCAGUCAUUACAGAUAUAAACAUAUAUUUACAAUUCCCCAAAUCUUGGGUGCUGAGCAUUUUCUAUCUCUGAUUGUGCCAAGUCAAUAUAAAGAUAACGUAAUUUUGGAUGGAAAAAAUAUUGGUGGCUCUGUGGCCUGGAAAAUAGUUCAACUCUUCAGCGAUAUUCCUGGGGCUAAUAUGAGUGGUGGUCAUUAUAAAAUAAAUGCCGGUUUCCACUUUGUUUACAUCCAAACGACUGGCUCGAAUGUCGCCUUUACUGCAUCUAUAUAUACGACAAGUUCGUUUUCUAAGUGUGGUUACAGUUUUGCCGCAGGGUUCUGCGUUGAAGGCACACCUGAGCCGCAAACAUCAACAGCAGCACCCCCAACUCAAACUACCAUAGUAAAUACCCCAAGUGGAAAUUAUCCACUACCAUCUAUCACCCAGUGUACGAAUGAUGACGUGGGAAGAAAUUUCGUUAUGGUUUUCUUAGACACUGAAAGUGUUUCUAAUAGUAUCAUGAAACUUCACCCAGUCCUUAUCUCAAAUGCAAACUCUGCUAUUAUAAAUGUUAUAGGUAAUGGGUUGAAUCCAGCUUAUUCAUCACAAACAACACUUCGGCCAGGUACCGUUGAAGAAUUGACAAUACCACAAAGAGCAAAAUUAGCAUCUGACGGGCUUUCAAGUAAUGUUGUAUCUAUAAGUUCUAAUCGAGAUAUUUCACUCUCUGCUACGGUCUCUGGUACUGCUUAUUGUGGAUCAAGUUUAAUUUUCCCCACCGAUGUCUUGGGAAGAACAUACUAUGUUGUUGGAUGGGAAAAAGCUACAACUGCUUCCCAGUUCGUCAUCGUAAAUCCCUUUAACAGAGAAAUUAGGGUUGAAAUUGCUUUCCCUAACUAUAUUGUGAAUUUGAAGGUGAAUGUGCUUGGAACUGAAUACACAACUGGCCAAAAAGCUUCCAAUAUUGCAAUACCUGCUCUUAAUGCUCUACACGUGAGAAACACAAAUGGGAUCGAUCUCUCUGGAACCUAUAUCGUAGCUAGUGCACCAGUUGCUGUUUUUGCAGGUAAUAGAAACGUAAAUGUUCGCUAUGGAAACUUAGAUCUGUUAAUGGAGCAAAUGCCACCUACUCAAACCUACGGAAAUUACUUCUUACUAACGAAUUUUCCCAAAAGGCAUUCUCCCUAUUAUAUAAGAAUAGUUGCUGGUUUCAAGAGAACUUCUAUUAGGUAUUCAAGGGAUGGACAUGUAGCAGAAUAUAUAUUGCAAGAAGCUGGUAGAAUGAUUAUUUUAGAAUACAGUUCUAGAGAAACUGGCUACAUACAAGCCGAUCAACCAGUUAUGGCUGUUCAAAUAUCGCCAGGAGCAGUUUAUGAAAAUGAUUAUGGAGCCCCAGCAAUGAUGACCCUAGUUAGCAGAGACCAGUUUAAGAGAAGAUAUGAAUUUGUUGCAAACAACGCUACGAAAACAACAUUUAUCACGAUAAUUGCUAGAAAUAGCGAUAGAACAAAAAUGGUUAUAAACGAAAAGUUAAUAGUCGACAGAUGGAGUUCUAUUAAGGGUUCAGAUUUUGUAUACCGAUAUGAAGAGGUAAAUGAGGGAAUCCAUAGAAUAUACAGUGCUGAUGGUCAAGCCUUAUUUGUUGCGUACGUAUAUUCGGCUAGUGAAAGAAGCUGCGCAACAGCUUGGGCUGCAGGAUCAUGUGCUAACAUCAACCAGCAACCAACUAUAACGACGCCUAAAAUACCAACAACUCCACAAGUGAAUGUCCCUAAACCCGGAACAAUCGAAUGUGCUCAAUCAAACUACGGACAGCGUUUUGUAGUCGUCUUACCAUCAGAGUCUUAUGAAAUAAUUGUUACAACUGGAAAUAAUGCUGCUGACGUUUCUUUCUCAUCAAACAUAAUUUCUCGAACGACAGUUAGAGUUGGGAGUUUAGAAACUUAUGUUUUUAACAAUCAAAGAAGUUCUUACACGCUACCUCAAGGUCAAAAUUCAAAAUCGGAUGCAACUUUAACAAUUUCAUCAAAUCAAUUAAUAACCGUUGCGCUUAGAGAUACAUCUGCCCCUAAUUUAUGUUCAUCGACAACUGUCAUACCUGCCAACUAUUUAUCUAAUACGUAUAGAAUAGUCGCUCCCGUUUCUGGACAGCUUAUUCUUACAGGAAUUUCAAAUACCGCUGUGCUAAUCACUGCCAAUCUUCCGACAGGAAUGAUUCAGAAUUGUAUUAUUCCAAGUCCAGGAACCAGAAUCCAAAACAGAGUUGUUGUAACACUAAAUCCUGGUCAAGUUUAUAGACUAUUCUGCACAGGUCGUGUUGCCGAUCCCUCUGGCUUACUUUUAACAGCUGAUUCGCCCUUUUCUGUAUGGUUAGUUGAUAAUACCUACUUGGGUCAUGUUAUCCCUGUUGACCGAUUAGGCACUGAAUAUCUUGCUCAGAGGGUUAGAGUAGUUGCUCACUACCCUGAUACAGUUGUUUCAACAAAUCUAAGAACAUAUCCUGCUCUAGGUCCAGGAGAUAUAUUAGAUAUUCAGACUGAAAAUUUCAAAAGAAUAUCCAGCAAUUAUCCAAUUGCAGUGGGCGUUACAAAAGUUUUACAGAAUCCAACCAGCAGAUCAGUUAGAGCUUCUAUACCUUUGAUUCAAGCUAAAUCAUCAUAUGUCUUUGAUGUAGCUCAGGAGGGCAGCUCCUUCAUAACAAUGUAUGCUGAAACCGCAGAGACUAGAAAUAUUGUCCUAGAUGGAAGACGGGUAGAAUUAGAUUGGGCACCUAUUGAUGGUAAACCUAGCUGGUCUAUAGCAACAUUAACUAUUCCUAGAGGAGGAGUUCACGAAUUGUAUCAUGCAACACUUGAUAAAACUUUUAUAGCUUAUCUGGAUACACAAAAGACAACUGUUUGCAGUUCAUCUAGACCUGUAGGCUAUUGUAUGAAUCAGCAAGAAAUCGUAACAACUCCUGCUCCAACUCCACCACCAACUCCACCACCAACCCCACCACCAACUCCAACUCCAACACCAGACCCAACAAUUCCCCCAGCAACAGACAAUUGUCAAGCGUCUUCAUAUGGAACCGAAUUUAUGGUAGCUCUACCAGCUGAUAAUUAUGAAAUUGUAGUUACAGCAAUAUCACAAACUCAAGUAGCUUUCAGAACUCCAUCUAGUUCAAGUUCAACUUUCUCACUACCACCUUCUACCUCAAGAGUUUACUCAGCUAAUAAGAAUAUUUAUACACAAACUGAAAUCGGAACAGUUAAACAAAGCGCAGUUCUCCUAAUAACAUCAAAUAAUCCAAUUACAGUUGCUAUUAGACAGACUGUUCAAGGAACAAUAUCAUGUGCAUCUGCUCUAAUCAUUCCCAGAGUAUCCUUAGGAACAGUUUACAGAAUAGUAGCUGCAGAAAAUUCUCGAGUUUUGAUAGCAGCCAGCCAAAAUGCGCUUAUUUCUAUAUCAGUUCCAUCGACACUAACAAAUGCUAAAAUCAUAUAUCCCGGUGGCGUGGCUAACGCUGGACAAACUUUCACAGUAGUACUUAGCCAAUAUGCUACAAUUUCAUUGGAUACUGGAAUUAACAAUGAUGGAGAUUUCUCUGGACUAUUAAUUAGAUCAGAUACUUCGUUGGCUGUAUGGGUUACUCAUUCCACUUACAUUGCUCAAAUUCCUUCUGUGGAUUUUUUCGAAAAGGAAUAUGUUCUCUUCCCCGCAAAGAUUGUAGCCCAUUAUCCGAACACAGUUGUUCGAGUAGGAGCCAACACUUACAAUUUACAACCCGGGCAGUUUAGAGAAUUCCAACCAAACGAAGUUACUGUGGAAACCUAUGUUUCAAGUAAUCUUCCAAUAAUUGUUGGAACUGCUGGAGAAACUCUCUCGGGCAGUUUAGCUAUUUCUCCUGGUAUCCCAAUUGUUCAAGCCAAAUCGUAUUACAUCAUAGAUACAGUCGGUAGUAGUUCUAAAUACUUCCUUAUUUAUGCUGGAACGUCUCAGAGAGGAAAUGUAAUUGUCGAUGGAAAAAGAGUUCAAGCACAAUGGAGACAAUUACCGGAUAAACUUGACUGGUCUGUAGCAAUUGUUCAAUUCAAUGAUGCUGGAGUCCAUCAAGUGUAUCACUCAGUCGCCAACGAGUUGUUGGUAGUUUAUUUUAAUACAGUAACAAAUGAUUGUGCAUCAAUGAGACCUGUAGGAUUCUGUUACAAAAAGCAACCCAUAAUACCUACUUUACCACCUUCAACCGCUCGACCACCCACCCCCGUUCCUACACCUUUUCCCAAUACCCCUGAUUGCUCUGGAAGUACUAUCGGUAGACUUUUCAUCGCCGUUUUUCCUUUUACAAAUUGUCGGGCGAAUAUGAUAUCAAUUGGCUCUGGCGGUUCUGUAACAAUUAGACACCCCUCGACAGGAGCUAGCUCUUUCCUCUCAACAUCGGUUUUAACAAAUCAGGAAUAUACACCUAACACUCAGCUACAAACUUCUGGAAUUGUACAGAGAGCAGUUUACAGUUUUUCAUCCACAACAGAUUUGACUAUGGAUACAAGAUGUUAUACUUCCAGUACCCAAAGCUGUGGAAGUUCGCUUUUAUACCCUACAAAUAUGCUUGGCUCAUACUAUAAAAUAAUCUCUACAAGAAGGAAUGAAGUCAUUAUUGGAAAUAGCGCAAAUCCAGUUACAGUAACUGUAACUAUACCUUCAACUCUCGGCUCUGUUUCAAUAGCCCAUCCCCUUGGAAGAGCAAGCGCUGGACAAAGCUUCACUAUUAAUUUGGGAUCUUAUGAAGCAAUAAGAUUGCAAAAUACAAAUGGCGCUCAAACUCUAGCCGGUGUAACAAUAUCAUCAACGAACAUUGUUGCCGUUUGGGUCUUUACUGCAAACUUUUUGGAUCAAGUUUUGCCUUUCGAUAGAGCGGCCACAGAGUACCUUGCUUGGGGAUCUUAUAGUUUAUUGACUGAUACCCUUCCUGAUAGCAUUGUAAUAGACGGUUCAAGUCGAAAUAUUAACACUAUGCCUUAUUUGGCAUUUAAUCAAGCAGACACACAAGUUUCGAAAAUUAGGGCAACAAACCCAAUUGGAUUAGUUAACUAUAUAAACUUGGAUUCAACUAAUUCUAUUGCUAAAUCUCUACAAACACUUAUACCCAUCGAACAAGCCAAAGCACUACAUAUCUUUAACAUACCAACAACAGGGCGAACAAUCCUUCGUAUAUUUGUUCAAACUGUUGCUAGAGAUUCAGUUGUAAUGGAUGGAUUAAGAUUAAACUUAAAUUGGCAGCAAGUACAAUGGGAUAGUAGCUGGUCAUGGGCUGUAACCAAUCAGAUAAAUUCAGGAGUUCAUCGUUUGUACAAUGGCGAUCUUAAUAGACUCAUAAUAGCUUAUAUAGAGCAUGACGACAAUGUUUGUUCCUUCUUAAGGGCUACGAGUCACUGCAUGAGAAUUAUGAAUGCAAUCACAACACCUCAACCUACACCACCACCGACACCAUCUCCUACACCUGCUCCAACUCUUCCUCCAUUCCCUCCACCUUGUCCGAGAGAGAAUAGAGGUUUGAGAUUUGCUACAGUGUAUAUGCAAAGCGAUAAUAGUGGACGAAGAAGAUAUUUACAUGUUGCUAACGCAGGAAAUUUUAGAACAACUGUAACAGUUCGAGCCCCUAGAAUACCCAAUACAGACAUUAAUCAAAUCAUUGAAGUAGGAAGCUCAUUCAGGUUCGAUUUGGCAAGUAUAGACGCUCAUAUUAGUGGAUCGAGCAUUGAAAAUAAAGGAUUAGAUAUUGUUUCAAGUUCAUCCCCAAUAACUGUUCUUACUGAGAACAAGGACUCUAGAGGAUGUUCGGCUUUCACAAAUAUACCAUCAGCAUAUCUUGGUAGAGAUUAUUACAUAUUAUCUGGAUCAACUUCAGCUCAAGCUACAAUUUUGGCUACCUCAAGUGACUCAACUGUAGUAACCGUUACUGUUCCGAGCUCAUCCGGUGUUAGAGUAUUUUACUCGGGUGCUACUUACACACAGUCAUUUACAAUAGAUUUGUUACAAUAUCAAACUGCUUCCAUAGUUGGAGCUGGAACAAGUCUUUCUGGAGUAAGAAUAGUUGGAAAUAAAGACAUUGCUGUUUUCUCCGGAAACAAAGGAACAAAUUCUGCCAAUCCCAUUAUAGAUUCAUUAAGCGAGCAAUUGUAUCCAGUUGAUACUUGGGGUAAGGAAUUUUGGGUAUAUCUCCCCAACAAUGCUCAAUCAGCUACUAUAAGAAUAAUUUCUAUCGAACCUGCUCAAGUUAGAAUAUCCGGAAAAUCAGUUCUUAAUAUUGCUGGACCGCAUGACGAAAAGACCGUUCAGUUGGAUAGUAGUUCAACUGAGAAGGGAAAUUACAUUACAAGUAAUCAGAAUAUUCAGAUUGCUCUAGAAAUAAGGCCACAAUUUUCAUCCUUGGCAACUGCCUUGGCGAUUAUUCCACCUGUUUCGCAAUGGAAUUAUCAACAUACUUUUGUUAUCCCACCUGAAUAUGAUCCUUUAACGUUUGUAUUGAAAAUUACAUCAAAGGGCCGACAGGUUUAUCUCGACGGAAGAUCUUUAGAUUUAUCCUACAAUGGUAAUCAGCAAGUAACACCCCAAACCACUCUUCACUUCUGGAUUAAUAGCCCAAUCACUCCUGGAAGGCAUAUUAUUCAAAGCACUGAACCAGUCUUCGUAUCCAUCAGCAUGGAAAAUUCAGGAGAUACUUGUUCGAUAUUUUACUCGGGUGGACAAUGCUUGAAUUCCAUCUAUACACCACCUACAACGAUUGCUCCAACACCUGCACCCACACCACCGCCUACUAGGCCACCAGUUCCUGUUGUUGGAAGCUGCAAAUCAGGAAGCACUAACUUGGGAAGAGAGUUUUAUGCAAUUUCCGUAGUAUCUGAUACGCCAGAUAGAAGAACCCCGAAUUAUGCCAGUUUAAUUUAUACAGUACUACCAGAAAGCUCUACAUCUGAACGUGUCACAUUCCUUAUCGGAGAGUUUUCGAGCGCAUUUGUCAGAGUUUACAAUAGACCAUUUAGAACUAGAUAUUCUCCUGUUGCAAUAUUCCAGAGCAGUAAAAUGGAAAAUUCCUAUGUUGGUCCAAAAGUCUAUAAGAUUAGUUCAGUAUCGGAUGUUGCGGUUUUCGCUGUAAAUCAGGCGCAAGAUUCUUGUGGAGGUUAUAUGUCCCUUCCAACAACUGUUAAUGGCAGAGAUUUUAGAGUAGUAACUGAGAUCCCUAAUUCUGGUACUGCCUUCCUUGCAGUUGUUGCUAAAAGUUCAACAACAGUUAGUAUACUCCUGAGGGCACCGGUGACAUUUGGAGGUAGAACUUAUCAAGUCGGAGAAACCUUGACGCAGAACGUGAUAGGAGAUAAUAUUCUAUACUUAUCGUCCAGCGGAGAUUUAACGGGAACAAGAAUACAAACUAAUAAUCCAGUAAGCGUAUUUUCGGGUAAUACAUAUACAAUUUUUGGAUCAGUCGGCAAUGCGGAUCAUAUGAUUGAAAGCAUUCCUCCGACUUCAUUAUGGGGCAUGACAUUUGUCCUGAAUCCGUUACCCGAGAGAGCUGUAAGCUAUAACAACAAAUAUAAAGUCAUAGCCCGAGAUGACGAUACAAUUGUAUCUGUUGAUGGGCAGACUCCUUUCUCUCUUAGAGGCGGCGAGAGCCGUACCAUUACAACGUCUUAUUCAACUUGGGCGUUUAUGUACAGCAACAAGCCAAUUCUUGUUGUUCAAAUGUCUCAAGGAAGAAUUAAUUCGGCAGAUAACGGCAGUCCUACAAUGAUUAUUCUAUCACCCGCAGAAUUAUGGCUAACGUCGUAUGCUUUUAUGACAACUGUUGGCAAUCUACUUGAUGCUGACAAAGAUUUCAAAGGAUAUGUUAUAGUGACAAUUGAGGACGGAAAGCAGAGCGGCUUAAGAAUUAACAACGGCCUAAUACCCAAUCAAGUAACAUGGACAAAACUUAGCGGCCGGCCGUAUGUUGGAGCUUUUAUACCAAUCGAAGUUGUUCGUCAAUAUUCGCUUAAACACAUUGAAGACGGCGUAAAAUUCGGUGCCAUCGUUUACGGUAAUAAUGAUCUUAGUUCAAAUAGAUGUUCUUUCGGCUUUCCUGCUGGAUAUUGUACGGACGUGCAAACAUAA